GCGAGGGCUGGCGCUGGUCUUGUUCACGCUCCGGCUGCUUUUGCCCCUCCCCCUGUCGGAGGCUCCGCUCGGCUGAGGCGCUGGUUGACUCGGGGGCUCUCUUUCGCCGCGCUUCUCGCCCGGCCGCCGUUCUGGACACAGCGGCAUGGGGCACCGCGGGCAGAGCGCGCCCUUUCUGCCCCUCCUGCUCUUCUUCUUGGGACUAUCUGCCUCCACCCUUGGGCGCAUUGUGAAGGUGCCUGCUGGUCCCUUAGUACGAGUUGAGGACACAGAAGUGAGGAUACCCUGCAACGUUACUCAAUAUGAUGGACCCAGUGAGCAGAACUUUGAUUGGGAGUUCUGUACAAACCCUGCUCAGGACUGUAAAUUUUUACAUGUAGUAAGUACUUGGGAUCCUUUGUUCAUGUCUGAGAAAUAUCGAGAUCGAGUUACUCAUGGAGACAUCAUGUUGAAGCGGAACAGCAACAAUGCUGUGGAACUUGUGAUUGGAAACAUUCGCCCUACGGACCAAGGGAUAUAUCGUUGCACUACACCCAGCACUGAUUCUGUCUUUUAUGGGAAUUACAAUGCUGUAGUCGAAGUCAAAGUGAUUGCAGAUGGCUUAACUGUGACUGGGUCAAAAGCACGGUCUGCAUCUGCUUUGAACUUAUCGGAAGGGGAUUCAUUUCAGUUGCGCUGCUCAGCUUCCACCAAUUCCUCGGAACACACCCAUCUUCAUGUUUCUUGGGAAUUCAAGAAUGACCUUGUGUGGCAAGAAAUCCUCUCUUUAACGCAUGAGGGCAAAUUUCAGCCUGGCCCAGAUUAUAACGAGCGCUAUAUCAGUGGAUAUGUGCGCUUAGAUGCCAUGGCCAAUGACAUUUACCGCUUGUCUGUGUCUCAGGCUCUUCCAUCAGAUGAGGGUGCCUACAGAUGUCGAGUGAGUGAGUGGGUUAAAGAUGCAGAUGGUUCAUGGCAAAAGAUCCAAGAAAAAAGUGUUGAUUUAGCUAAUGUUGUGGUGCAGCCAACAGCUUUAGGUGUGUUCAUCACUAGAACUAAUGUAUCGGUGACAGAGAGAGACUCCCUUGACCUUACCUGCAACUUCACAACGGAUAGAAGUGGCAUUUUCCAAGCAGAGGUCACAUGGUACUACAGUGAAUCACCUGAUGGCCCCAUGGAAGAUGCUCAGAUUUUGCUGAGUGCAGACCGUGACUCUGUAAUUAGUGACUCUACUCUCAUUAGCCUCAGUCUUGUAGACCGAAGUUCUUACCACCUGUUGGUACGUGACAUGAGUAUUGAAGAUUCUGGCUACUACUUCUGCCAAGCAGCUCUGUGGGUGCCACAAUACAAUGGUAGCUGGCACAAGGUAGCAGAGAGAACCUCUGUGCCAGUCACUGUGGAGGUGACUCCAUUAGAGCCAAAUUACCAUGUGUUUCUGAAUGCUUCUAAAAUGCCAAAGUAUUCAGAGGAUCCCACAGAACUGGAGUGUAGGAUCACAGAAGCACAAAACGCAGAAGCAAAUGUCCGUUACACUGUGUCUUGGUACUACAGACUGCCUUUACGUAGUGAUGAAGUAGUUAAAGAUGAACUUCUCGCCACCAUGGAUGCGGACUGGACACUGGUAGUUGGGGAGAGGAGCAAACAACGAGCCCAGAAUGGGGAAAUAAUUUUUUCUAAGUCAGCCAUGGACACCUUCCGUUUACGAAUCCAGUGGACCUCAGAGGCGGAUAAAGGAGAGUAUUAUUGUAUAAUUUCUUCGUGGAGCAGGCAGCGCAACAAUAGCUGGAUAAAGAUCAAGGAUGUGGCUUCUAUGCCUGUAAGCAUUUUAUGGUCUACGCAAGAUUAUGCACUGACUGUAGAAGCUGUGAAACUGAAGCCGUUCUUCAUGGCCGGGCACACCUUCGAAAUGACAUGCAAGGUGUCUUCCCGGAACAUCAAAAGUCCUCGUUACUCAGUCCUCAUUACAGCGGAGAAGCCUCUGAAUGACCAUUCAAAUGCUAAUGGAACCAUGCGCAUCAUUUCCCUCAAUCAAGAUUCAGUGGUCAGACGGGAAGAUUGGACAGACCAGGACCGGGUGGACGGUGUGGUCCUAGAGAAGGUCCAGGAGAAUGAGUUCCGCUACAGAAUGUACCAGACGCAGAUUUCUGAUGCUGGGCUGUAUCGUUGUGUGGUGACUGCAUGGUCACCAGGGGGUGGAGGCAUGUGGCGAGAGGCAGUCAAUGGUUUAUCCAACCCCAUCCAGAUAGACUUUCAGACCUCAGGUAGUUACAUUGAUAUCUCAAAACGGAGCUCAUCCUCAAGUCCUAAUUUUCAUGAACUUCAGGGGCUAAAUUCAGACUAUUUGAGACAAAAACCACUGUAUAUGUUACAGGAUAUAGUAGCCAAGCAUCCAUCUGAAGCCAACACAAAAGCAGAAGGUCCAAAACGUCUGAACUCAAUGGCGAGAUUAAGAUACAAUUUAGAAUUUACUCCCAGUGAAAGACUUGCUACUACUGAUGAUGAGACAUUAGAGAAGAGCUUUGACCUCGGAGGACCUGCAAUGCAUUAA